AUGGUGCAUCUUGCUGGCGAUCAUCCCUCUACGAGGAUCUUCGACACCAUGCGCGACUGGCUCGAGGAACACCCAGAGGACGGACAAAAGUCCAUUGCAGAGAUUGGAGGGAUCUUUGCCUUUAAGCUUCUUGGCGACGAGGGCGGAGAGUGGUAUGUGGAUUUGAAGGAAACUGGCACAGUUGGCAAGGGCCUGGCGCCCCAGGGCAAAGCAUAUGAUGUGUUGUUUGAGCUCGAUGUUUCUGAUUUCGAGCAACUUGCCGAUGAGGAAACAGAUGAGGUAUCAUCGCAACUCACGUCCUCAGGAAGAAUGACGGUAUCCGGGAAGACAGGACUGGCAGUCCACCUAGACAAGGUAUUCGAGCUGGGUAGAAAUGUGCCUAGUUUCGGGACACUGUCUCCUACUAGGUGA